AUGCCGCUAUUCGGCAAAGGGUUUCGUAUUGGGACAGGCCCCGACCAGGACAGAUGGCUUAUAGUGAAAAAACUUGGCGAAGGGCAGUUUGCGGAGGUGUACGAGGUCAAAGACACCAUGGAUUCUGAGAAGCGGGUCCUGAAAAAAAUACAGGAGCGCGCGCCCAGCCUCGUCUGCACGGUGCACGCCUGCGGGACCUUUGAGGACCGGUUCUUUAUGAUCAUGGAGCUCCUGGGGAGCAAUGUGGCGGAGGCCCGCAAGGCGGCCGGUGGCCGCUUCGACCUGACUACCGUACGGCGGUUAGCCACCAGCAUGUUGCAGUCACAUUUGAAAUCCUCAAGGGCGACACGGGCCCGCUUCGCCGGUGGAGCGUCGACCGCCUGCACGUCAGGCUUCGUGUCCAUCAGCUUCUUAAUGGUUGUCAGCUGCAGCUUCACGGCGUUCAGCUGGUCCAUGGCAGCCAGCUGCUGCUUGUUCAAAAUUACGCCCGGGGGGUCCACGACGUACGCUUCCGUACACGCACACGCGGAGCAGGACCUCGGUCGUCGUGACGAUUUGUGGUCCUGGCUGUACUGCACAAUCGAGCUGCUCGAAGGCACGCUCCCCUGGCGGACCGACCAGAACAAAGAUCCUGACAGUCGGGAUGCCGUACUGCGGAUGAAGCAAGCCUGCAUCGCCGAGCCCUCAAGAUACUUACGCUCCGCCGCCGCCAGCAGUGCCGGCGGCGCCGCUGGAGGCGGCAGCGCCGGCUCCGCCGCUGGCAACGCCGUCGGGCCCCAUCAUCCUUUGCUACAGCCGCUACUGCUCGGGCCCAUACAUCAACUUUCAAACUAUAUCGCCUCAUUGGGUUUCGCCGACGCGCCGGAUUACGGGCUAAUGUACGGCUACCUUCUGCAACUUCCGGAUGACGACCUGGGGGGCCUUAUUUCCGGGUCUGGGCACGGGUCGUUGGCGGCGGCGGCGGGGAUGUGGGGGGCGGGUAUGCCGGGCACGGCAGAGGCGCACAGCAACAGCAACAACAGCAACACGCGGCAGCACAGAGGUACCCCUCGAGAGGAGGUCCACCGCCGCCGCAAGAUCCGGGACGCUCGUCGCCGCUGGACACGCCCGCGUCGCCGCCGCCGCAAGAGUACGGCACCGGUGGCGGCGUCAGUGGCGGCAUCAGAGCCGCCGCCGCUGGCGGACUUGCCGUCGGAGGUGGCGGAGGCGAUGCUGGCGGAGGCCCUGGCGGAGCGGGCCGGAGCGGAGCAGUCCAGGGAAGCCGCGCAGGUGGCGGAGGUGCACGAGUAUGUGGAGCUGAUCAAGCAGGGCCAUGUGUCUGAUGAGGCGCAUGUCGUAGCCGGGCGGCUGAUGGGUUUGGAGCCCUUGGAAGCGCUCGCCACCAUCUCCUAUGUGCUGGAUGCUCUAGCCUCGCACGCUGCCCCCGCCACCGCCAACACGGCAGCCGUGGCGCUGUCGGCGCUGGGGGCUUAUGCGCGGGACGCCGCCAAGCGCGCCAUGAUUAACCCUCUGCUACGUAAAACAAAGAAAGGAAGCAUACGACCGUCCGUCACAGUGGUCAUCCACUCAGGCUCCCUUGCCAGCUGGGUAUCAAAGUAUCACACAUAA